AUGGCGCCGCGAUCCGGCAAUACGCUACCAAGACAUGUGGUGAUAGUCGGUGGUUCACUCGCUGGUCUCUUCACGGGUGUUGCCCUGAAAUCUCAUGGGUUCAAUACCACAAUCCUAGAAAGAACUCCCACGCCGAUUCUCGAGAAUCAAGGAGCCGGUAUCGUCGCGGGUGGAGACACUUUGCGCUUCUUCCAGACCUAUGACCGCUCUGGUAGGGACGUUGCCAUCGCCUCGCAGAAGCGCCUCUACUUGAAUCAAGCCGGCGACGUUGUCCACGAAGAGGUCAUGAAACAGACGAUGACCUCCUGGGAUCUCACGUACUAUCUUCUUCGAGCCAACUAUGACGGAGUCAAAAGCGACUACCUCCUUGGCCAAGAUCCCAAAAAACUGGGCCAAAUCAGCCGAUGGGAGCAUCGACUACCGUUACGGCUGUACAGUGACCAAGUCCAUGUGAAGUACACCACUUCCGACAACAAGCAAGAAUCUGUGGCUGGCGAAUUGCUAGUUGGGGCCGAUGGUCCAUCCUCAACAAUGCGUAAAAUCCUAUCGCCAGAUGUCGAACGGAAAUACUGCGGCUAUGUUGUGAUCCGCGGAACGGUGCCGGAGGAUGAAGCCACCGAGGAGGCACGAAAAGUGUUUGUGGAGCGCUUCUGCUUCUUUCAUGGGCCGGGAGUUCAGAAUUUGACGUAUACGAUACCGGGAGUACAUGGUACGACGGACAAAGGUGGUCGCUUGCUCAACUUUGUGUGGUACACGAAUUUCGAGGAUGGUAGCGCGCAGCUGGACAAGGUACUGACGGACAAGGAAGGCAAGCGCAGAAGAAUCACGAUACCGCCAGGCAUGAUGACGGAGGAUGCGUGGGAGAUGGUCAAGGAGCGAGGAAGGGACAAGCUACCACCACAGAUGGCUGAAAUGGUGCAGAAGUCGAGGAACCCAUUCGUGCAGGCGAUCACGGAUGUGAUGAGCCCCACGAGUCUGUGGGAGAACGGGAAGGUGGUGCUGGUAGGGGAUGCUUUGGCCGGCUUUCGGCCGCAUACGGUGGCAAGCACGAGUCAGGCGGCAUUUGAUGUGUUGCUGCUGGUAGAGUGGUUGGAAGGGCGCAUGGAUAUGAAAGAAUGGGAACGCAGGACUGUAGAGUAUGCAAGGAAAGUGCAGAGUAUGGGGAUGUAUAUUGGAAACAGGAGCCAGUUCGAGGAGCGGGAUCUGAAGGAGUACGUAGAAGACCGGAACUGGAUGAGCACACCAAGGGAGAAGUUGGACUUUCCGGAGUGGACUCAAGUGAGAUAG